CGGAAUCAUUCAUUUUGGUUACAAUCUGAAAUGCCUCGAAAUGAAACUUCUCAAUCUCCCACCACCACCAUUCUUCUUCUCCUCUUUCUCCACUCUCCCUCGUUUUCCAACUUCCUCUUUCUCCCUCUCAAUCCCUUCUCAUCUUCCAUUUAAUCCACUCCCUUCUUCUUCCUCCACUUCGCUCCGUCGUCUUCGGUGCCGCGCCGCCUUGCCGGAUCCUCCUCCGCCGCACAGCUCUGACCAACCACCGGGUAACGAUUCAAUACAACUUCAAAAUGUUGGUGCAUCCUUCUCUAAAUUUCAAGAUAGAGUACAGAUCUUCUUUGCUGUUCUUUUCUGGAUGUCUCUAUUCUUUUGGGCCUCAGCUUGGGAUGGAAGGAAUAGACCAAACAAUGGAUCUAAAUUUAGAAAAUAAAAUAGUAAGCAUGUAAUUUGUAUAUAUAUUGAAUUAUUAUUAGAGGGACAGAAUUAUACAUCAAUGGAAAAAUAAUUGCAAUGUGUUGGAUGAAUA